UAGUUAAUUUGUAUUUGUAAGAAGAUGAUGUGUGGAAACGGAUAUGAUAAACCUAGUUUAUAGGGACGACAGGAAGCAACAGUCUAAAUUUCCUACAAAAGGCAAGGCAAAAUUACUAGACAUGACCAUGUCAGCGGAUCUGCGUAAAGGAUUCCCCACACAUAGAAUAAAGUGACCAACUACGUGUUUGAAGGACAAGCACAGUUCCAAUCACAUGCAUUCUAGGCAGUCAAAUUUUUCAAACACUUUUACUCUUUUUCGUCAAUACCUAGUAUUUUCUCAAGUCCAGACAUUAACCAUUGAAUUUCAAACCCCAACCUUAUAAAACUGGUCGUUAAUCAAACCCUCUCCAAUUCCUCUAUCAACCACCAUUUUUAAACCAGAAACGCUAAGCACAAAGACAAAAUCACACCUACAACAUAUAUAUAGCUCCAUACGUUCAUUCACACAAACAAAAACAAAAUAGUUUCUUUGCAUAUACCAAGGUAACUUGUCGAAGCCAUGCAACAUUUGCCAGCCAAGUUGUGCCGCAAACUGGCUCGUCCAGCAUGCGAUGUGUUCAUAAACCAUCGUGGCAUCGACACCAAGAGGAACAUCGCGGGGUUGCUAUACGACAGUUUGACUAGGAUGGAAGUGCGGUCGUUUUUGGACAGCAUGAACAUGAAACCUGGGGAUAGGUUGUUCGAUCACAUCGACAGGGCCAUUCUAGGUUGCAAAGUGGGUGUUACGGUGUUUUCGCCACGUUACUGUGAGUCGUAUUUCUGUCUACAUGAGCUCGCUCUUCUCAUGGAGUCAAAGAAGAGGGUUGUGCCCAUCUUCUACGACGUUAAACCUUCGCAGCUUGUGGUCAAGGACAACGGAACUUGUUCUGCUAAACAGCUUCGGAGAUUCUCUUUGGCACUCGAGGAAGCUAAAUACACUGUUGGAUUGACCUUUGAUUCUUUCAAAGGGGACUGGUCGGAGAUACUGAGAGAUGCUUCAGAUGCAGUGAUGAUGAACUUACUGGAGGUAGAAGAUGAGCGAAAAAACAUGAAGAGAAAACAGUGAAUACUAAUUUUUUUUUUA